GCGGAGCCCGCGCGCGAGUGCUCAGCACGCAGGGGUUUGCGGCGGCCCCGCAGCCAGACCUCUGCGGGCUAAGGAGCGGCAGCGGGCGGCGUGCAUGUGCCGGGAGGGCCGGCCCCAGGCUCUGCAGUAGGUAAGAGCCGUCCCCUACCACCGAGGACCUGGCGAGAUCAGCCGGCGUGGCGACUGCGGGGACACGGACCUGCGGGGAUCCGAGAGCCCGGGACGACGCCGGGCCGCGCGCCUGACGACCGGGACGGGACGGUGCUGUGGAGCGGGCGCCGCGCGUACCCGGCGGAUGUCCCCGAGCCGCCCUCGGCCGCCGCCAACCGCGGAGAAGCGCCCCUGCCCGGGGGCCGCCGAGGCCGCAGCGCGGGCCAUGCGCGCCCGGCCGCCCCGCCGCGCUUGAUGCGGCGCGCGCUCCGCCCGCUCGGCGCCCCCGGCCGGCGCCGCGGAGGCCGAGGAUUUCAGAUGCAUGGCAGAUUUCCGCUGACUGUUGGAAUUGGAGAUCACUCCACAUGGAUUCCCCAAGUCAGCAUGGUAGCCACACUUCACUGGUGGUGAUUCAGCCGCCGGCUGUGGAAGGCCGGCAGAGGUUAGACUAUGACAGGGACACUCAGCCUGCUACGAUUCUGUCCCUAGACCAGAUCAAAGCCAUCAGAGGCAGCAAUGAAUACACAGAGGGACCUUCAGUAUCGAGAAGACCGGCUCCUCGCACUGCACCAAGACCCGAAAAGCAGGAAAGGACUCAUGAAAUCAUACCAGCCAAUGUGAAUAGCAGCUACGAGCACCGACCUGCCAGCCACUCGGGCAGUGCCAGGGGCUCUGUGCUGAGCAGGUCCACCAGCACCGGAAGCGCAGCCAGCUCAGGGAGCAGCAGCAGUGUGUCUUCUGAGCAGGGCCUGUUAGGAAGAUCUCCGCCCACCAGGCCCAUCCCAGGUCAUAGGUCAGAUCGGGUCAUCCGGACCCAGCCCAAGCAGCUGCUUGUGGAGGACUUGAAGGCCUCCUUGAAAGAGGACCCCACCCAGCACAAGUUCAUCUGCGAACAGUGUGGCAAGUGCAAAUGUGGAGAGUGUACAGCUCCCCGGGCUCUGCCCUCCUGCCUGGCCUGCGAUCGGCAGUGCCUCUGCUCCGCGGAGAGCAUGGUGGAGUACGGGACCUGCAUGUGCCUGGUCAAGGGCAUUUUCUACCACUGCUCCAAUGAUGAUGACGGAGGCUCUUACUCGGAUAACCCCUGCUCCUGUUCACAGUCCCACUGCUGCUCCAGAUACCUGUGCAUGGGAGCCCUGUCUUUGUGUCUACCCUGCUUGCUCUGCUACCCUCCUGCCAAGGGCUGCCUGAAGCUGUGCAGGGGCUGUUACGACUGGACCCACCGGCCUGGCUGCAGGUGUAGAAACUCCAACACUGUCUAUUGUAAGCUGGAGAGCUGCCCCUCGAGGGCUCGGGGCAAGCCAUCAUGACUUCUGGAGGUGGGUUGGACCUCCGCGGAAUGUCUAGCUUCUAAACUUUGGCUGUUGAGAAACGUGGUAUUAGAGGCAGAUUUUCUUCUCGAGUCUCUCCUGUCUUGGAUGAUCCUCAGUAGGAGUGGACUGUGAAACUGCACCCAGCUUGUUCUCCUUCCACCUCGAGGGUUCUGUGAGCUGGAAGUGCCUGUGUGCUGCAGCAGCUUUCCAGCUGCGUCCACGAAGAUGUACGCAUGCCCAGACUUGGCUGAGAGUUGUUUGGGGUCUGGUACUGUGGGAUCAUGGACUUAGUUUGGUUUAUAAAAAAGUAACCAUGUAAGUGCUUAAAUAAGCUAUGUAUUAAUCUGCCUCUGAUGAGAGCUAUCUUAGCGUCCUAUUCCCAGCCGGAUGGGAGAAGCUACUCCUUAGAACACGGUUUUCUCUGCAUCUACUCACUGCCUUGUCCUUACAGCCUUCCAAAAUCUUCCCACAAUGCACUGCACAGAUGCCAAAUGGGUCAUCCAUGCACACCCCUUUGGGAUAGCUCUGUGCGGUGUUGGUCUUCACAUCAGAGAUGAUGUUGGCUAACCCUCCUUUUCCCUUCUCCAGCACCCAGUAUCUGUGAAGGACUUCCCUUCACACCCCUACUUCACUGAGGGUACUUGGUAACUGUAGUUGAAAUUCCUGUCUGAUCUACCCCCCCCCUCUUCCCAAUCCCAGCUCCCUGAGUGCCUUUGGUUCCUGGCUGCCUUUCGACUCUUAACAGCUGAGUGUUUCCAACCCUUCCUGUGUUUUCAUUGCCUUAACCACAAAUUGUGGUGCUUUUUGUAUAUUUUAUGUAUAAAUCACAAAGUUGAAUCCUGGCUAUUUUUAAGACAAAGGUCUGUUAAACUUUUUUUUUUAUUGUAAAGAAUAUUUAUUAUGCGAAUCUCUAUUAUUUUAUGAUAUUUAUUGCAAAAGACUGUUGAAAUGUACUCAUGUCUGAAUAUAACAUAUCACUACUUCAAGAAAAACAAGGUGACUCGAAGAAAAGUACAUAAAGUACAUAUAUGUUAACUACAAUGCAGAAAAUAUAUUAAUUAAUGAAACCGUC